ACUUGUCCAACCUCCCUCACCCCUACACCCCUACACCCCCAUUACAUCGUUCAGAAGGAUAUACUUAUCACGAUAUGAGCUCUGAACUCCCACUACAUUUGGCCAUUAGACCAUUGAACGUUGAAGAUUUGGACCAGGUCUUGUCACUUGAAGUCUUAGGGUUCCCACCAUCGGAGAGAUGUACAAAGGAUACGCUACAGUACAGACUAACAGUGUGCCCUGAAUUGGCGUCAGGUUUGUUCAUAAGAGAAUUCAAACCGAAGUAUCAAAACAAGGGUGAGACACUGAGCAAAGAUGAAGGUGAAGACAUGCACGUUACCAAGAAGAAUAAGGACGAUGACGAACACGAGGAGGACCCUUAUCUACCGGAGGCCAAAUCCACAAUAGUCAAGGAACGUCUCAUAGGCCAUGUCAUUGGUACAAAGGUUGACGGUGAAUUCAUAACAGAGGAAUCAAUGGGCAGGCCAACCGCAGAAUUGGGGUCUAAAUCCCCACAGGGUGUGUUGUACGGCCAUGUUGAGUCCUCGUUAACUGUGGGCAUCCAUUCCAUAGUGGUGCAUCCAGAAUACCAGAAGAAGAACCUUGCUACGUUAUUACUACACGACUACAUACAGAAACUCUCAAACCAAUACGUUGGUGAUAAGAUUGCCAUAAUUGCAAAGGAAAACUUGUUGCCUUUCUACAAUAGAGUUGGAUUUAUCACAAAGGGUAAGAGCAAGUGUAAUCAUGGUGGUGAAGAAUGGUACGAUCUACACUGUCCACUAAUCCCUGAAGACGAUAUGGACAAAUGAAAUGAAAUGAAAUUGAAUACCAUGUAACAAUCAAUCAAACUCCCUAUCUUCAUCUACAG